AUGGUGAACUUCAACCCCGACCAAGACAUUCCCGAUCUCUCAGGCAAGGUUAUUCUUGUCACUGGGGGCAACAAUGGCCUCGGGAAGGAGACGGUGCUGCAACUCUGCAAGCAUAAUCCGGCCAUGAUCUUCCUGGCGGCCAGAUCCGAGUCCAAAGCCCUCGACGCCAUUGCGGACAUUCGGAGGACCGUCGCCGACGCGGCACCCAUCACUUACCUCCGUCUCGACCUGGCAUCCUUCGAUAGUAUCAAGAAGGCAGUGGUCGACUUUCACGCCCAGGCGGACCGGCUCGAUCUGCUUAUCAACAACGCCGGCAUCUGUGCCCAGCCGCCCGGCACAACCAAGGACGGCUACGAGAUCCACUUCGGCACCAACCAUCUCGGCCACGCUCUGCUCACCAAGCUCCUCUUGCCGACGCUCCUCAAGACGGCCGCCGCCCCGUCGCCGCCGCCGCACGACGUGCGUAUCAUCACCGUUGCCUCCUCAGCCGAGGCCUGGGCCCCCUUCCUCGACCCCGGCGCGUUCGACACGCUGAAGACGAACAUGACCGGCCUCUCGGGCUUUGCCCGCUACAGCCUCUCCAAGCACCCGGGCGUCGUCAACACGAACAUCGCCAACGGCGUCGCGGCCAGCUGGCCGAUCCUCGCGCCGCUCGUGCGCUUCGUCCGCCUGGUCGGGGACGUCCUGCAGACGCCCGUCGCGACGGGCGUCAAGACGCAGCUGUGGGCUGCCGUCAGCCCCGAGGCGGAGUCGGGCGAGUUUUAUUUUCCCGUCGGUGUCCCUGGCAAGGCGUCGAAGCAUGCGCGCGAUCGAGAGAUGGAGGAGGCGCUGUGGGCGUGGACGGAGAGGGAGCUGGAGCGGCAUAUGGAUACUGCCGCGGCGUAG